AUGGAUGCUCGGAAUCGCUCUUCUCUCGUCAAUCCAUCUCAGCUUUCUCCUUCACCCUUUGUUAAUCACAAAAACCAAGAUAUACCAGAGUUCUCUUCCUUCGAACACCAAAAAGAAAACAUACUACCUCUAAAACAAGGUCGCAGCGCAGCGUCCUUAUCAGAAGUAUUUUCAAAAGACCAUGCUCAACGCACCGCCCAGCUAGCAUCCACUCACGCAACUUUUGCUGCUGAGUUGGAAACCCUUGACGAACUCGAUGACCCACUUGACGUAUAUAAUAGAUAUAUUAAAUGGACUAUGGAGAACUAUCCACAGGGACAUAACCACGAAUCGAAAUUAAUACCUUUAUUAGAGAGAGCCACAAGGACAUUUAAAGACGAUGAGAGGUACAAGAAGGAUCCGAGGUAUUUGAAGCUUUGGCUACUAUACGCAAAGUAUGUCGAACAUCCAAGGGACAUAUUUGUGUUUUUGGAGAAUAACGAGAUAGGACAAGAUCUGGCCGCUUUCUAUGAAGAGUAUGGGGCAUUGCUAGAGAGCGUGAAAAGAUUCAAAGAAGCGGAUCAAAUAUUUCAAUUAGGCAUACACCGUCGCGCGAGACCGCUUGAAAGACUGAAGCGUCGUUUUGCAGCAUUUCAAGCGCGCAUGACUGUCUCAUUCAACCCGACUGAAACGGAAGAUUUACAGUCUUUAGACCCUCUUGCAGACAAUCCACGUCGAACUGUACUGGGAGUAAAAACAAGCGCAUCGUCUACGCGAUCUGUCCCACAGAAUGUCUUUCAUGCAAGGGAUCUGAAUAUAAGUAGUGCGAUGCAAUCCGGAAUUGAGGCAGGGGGCAGGCAAGGAAGCAUGGCUAGUGGUACAUCAGAUAGGAAGCUGCCUAUAUUUUAUGAUCCGGAUGGACAACGUACUAGUGCAGUUUUGGAUGACUCAACUUCAAAUACACCGUGGCGUGAUUAUGGAACAGAGCUUUCGCGCAGACAAGAGAAUAUUCAAGAAUCUACAAAAUGGAAAGGCGUCACUCUUCCUAUGGGUUGUAGUCCUCGUACACCAUUGUCCGAGAAGUUCCAAGUCUAUUGUGAUAAAGAAGAAGUAAGAGAAGUUCAAUCAUCUGUUGUAGAGCAACCUCCUGACGUGAAUGCCUUGACCAAUGUAGACAAACCGCAUCAGAAACAUAAUGACACUCGGAGUGUUUCCUCGAAUACUCAAAACCCGAGUAGAGAACCAAUUAAAUGCGUAUCAUAUCCUCGUUAUCGCAUGAAAUCAACUUCCAUAAUAUUAGCAGAGAUUAAACAAUUUGGUGACAAAGUGGCUGCAGACGUAUAUAGUGUAUACACUGAUGAUGAUGAAUUUUGCUUUGAAGAGAUACGGGCAAAAGCUAAAGGACAAGAACUAGAAACACAACAGCAACAACUGACAAGUCCUGUUCGUAAGAACGCCAGAGGGCAAGACUACUGGAAUGAGUGCGAUCAUACUCCUACCUCCACUGCAGCGCCGGUACGCAAACGCCAAAAGCCUUCGCCGACCAUAAACACCAAACUUGCCAUGGCUGAUAUAUUGCAACUGUUCAAUGAACCUCUGCAUGGAAAUUUGAAAAUUGACAAGGAAGAUGUCAUAGAGAACUCGAUCAAUCUGGACGAAGAUGACACUUUUACUUUUCGCAGCCAGAGCGACAAUAAAACCCCAUCAGCAGUACAGAAUAGCUCACUCUUUUCGAUUUACACUGACACUACAACUCCUGUCCGUGGCUCGCCAAUAUCUUCACCGUCUCUUUUGUCAACCGACUUUUCAGGCACAUUCGAUUCGACCCUAGAUCGGAACCAGUAUUUUGACCGAAGGGGCGUCAUAAAAACCACUGGAUUUUGUCCUUUGACACCGAUUUCAGAACGUGGAUCUGAAGAAGGGACAGUUAUACAGCUAUCUUUAUCUGAAACUCCUCAGUCCCCUCCUUUCUCUCUCAUACCUCUACUUCCGCACGCGAAUUUGCUUCAUCCUGAUCAGCCGCUUGCGACUCGUUCACCUUCACAACAGAUUACUAUUGUUACACCUCUUCUACUUGACUCGUUACUGACAAGCAUUUCUCCCCCGAUUGAGACAUAUCCUGGAGUUUAUUUAUCGGGUGAAGUUUGUGGGAAAGCAUGGAUGUUUGAAACGAUUGGAAAACGCGAUGGUAAAAGUGGAAGCAAGGAAGUUGGAAAUAAUAUUCAAAGUGGCAAAAUUAAUGAUGCGGAUAAUGUCGUAAAACUGUUUGAUGAUCAAUAUCGAGUUGUGAGGAAGCUUGGCGAAGGUGGCUAUGCUCGAGUUUACCAAGUGGUUUCUGUGACAAGUCAAAAAAUGUCAAAGGAACAAACUUAUGCUCUAAAGCUCUCAAUACCUUCGACGAAAUGGGAAUUCUACGUAAUUCAGCAACUUCACAUGCGUCUUUGCCUCCACUUCCCUUAUUCCCCAUACCUGGCUUCAUCUUUGAUCUCGUCCCCGAAAACUUACAUUUUUAGUGAUGAGUCUUAUCUUUUACUUACAUAUCGUCCUUAUGGGACGCUUCUUGAUCUAGUUAAUGUGUGCACACGCGAAAAUUCUGUUCUUGAUGAACUUCUCACACUCUUCUUCACCUCUUCACUUCUCUCUCUUCUAAUCACAAUACAUUCUGUUUCUAUACUUCACAAUGACAUAAAACCUGACAACAUUCUUCUUCGUCUUGCACCUAAUACUCCGUUGUCAUCUGACUAUUGUCCGAACCAGAACGGAUGGGAGGAAAGAGGGUUGAUUAUGAUUGAUUUUGGAAGUGCUGUAGAUUUGAAGUUGUUUAACAGAGAGGAAAAGUUCAAGAUGGAAUGGAUGGUUGAUGAAGGUGACUGUACUGAGAUGAGAGAAGGACGUGGAUGUAAAUGGGAACAGGAUUACUGGAGAGUUGCAGGUGUGAUAUAUGUUAUGUUAUUUGGAGCAUAUAUGAAGGUUAUUUGUGAAGAGACACAAGAGAGUGAUAAGGGCGGCUGUGGACAUAAGAAUGCAAGCAGAAAUGACUAUGAGGACUGCAAGGAUAGCAUCAAACUUGGGAUUUCCAAUAUAGAUUUUAACAACUCGGAGGAUGUUGACAAGUCCAUAUCUACACUCUCUGAUUCCAUUUCAACUAAACAUUAUAAACCAGCUCAGCCCUUUAAACGCUACUGGCAGACUAAUAUUUGGUCACAACUUUUUGAUAUCCUAUUAAACCCUUUUUUAUAUUCUCAAGAUUGUAAUACUUCAUUGACAUCAGAGUUGAUUGAAUUACGAGAUGAGAUUGAUAAUUAUUUGAAAGCAAAUUGUGAAAAAAAUGGGAAGAGUCUGAAGGGGUUAUUGAGAAAGUUAGAAGUAGAGUUUGAGAGUAGGUGA